AUGAACGUCCUGUCUACACUCUCAUCACUGACGGGUUUUCUCAACUGGCUCAUUUCUGAAGUUGACAUGCCGUUGACAGCCCUUUUGUUUUCCCGCGCAUACUUGGAGCGUGCUGAUACGGGGGAAGAGGACGACGAAGACCAUCCCAUAGCACCACCUUCAUCCACAGUGGAGACGUUGAACUUCACGAUCACCCCGCUCGCACCAGAGACUGUCAAUACUAACGAGGCUAGAGAGGUUGAAUCGCUUGAAUGGGAAAUUUAUGGGAACAUGGAUAGGAACGGGAACAUGGAUAGGGACGGGGAGACGAUCUCGCAACUGUCUUAUCCCGAGCAAGAAUCAUCCACAAUAUUCUGGGGUGACACUCCCGUAUCUCAAUAG